AUGGCGGACGUCGACGAGGACGUCGCUGUUAUCGGGAUGGGAUGUAAUUUCCCUGGAGUUAUUGACUUCUACUCUACGUUAGGUGAGGGACUGGAUCAUUUCUGGAAAGUUCUGCAGGAGGGAAGGAAUUGCGUGUCGGACAUUCCAGCUGAGAGGUUCGACGGCAACUUCUGGCACGACGCUGACGUCACCAAACCCGGAAAGAGCCGAACAGCGAAAGCUGCGUUUAUAAACGGGUUUAAUGAGUUUGAUCCGUCGUUUUUUGGGAUUCCUGAAGUAGAAUCGGACUUCAUGGAUCCGCAGCAGAAGCUGCUGCUGCAGUGCAGCUACAGAGCCUUAGAGGACGCAGGAAUACCUAUGGAGAGCCUCAGCGGAACCAGAACCGGCGUUUACAUCGGUUUAAUGAACAGAGACUAUGAGAUGAUAAGAAGUAACAAGCCGGAGACGAUAACACAUUACAACUGCACCGGGACGGCCGUGAGCGUCGCAGCCAACAGGAUUUCCUUCACCUUUAACCUCACUGGUCCUUCCCUCGUCAUCGACAGCGCCUGUUCUUCUUCGCUGGUGGCUCUGCAUCUCGCCUGUCAGGCCAUAAAGCAAGGAGACUGUGAGAUGGCGCUGUGCGGAGGCGUUAACUGCAUCAUCGAGCCAAGAGUGUUUGUUGCUCUCAGCAAAGCCAGGAUGAUUUCACCUGGAGGAACCAGCAAGCCUUUCUCCUCCAGCGCAGACGGAUAUGGGAGAGGAGAAGGCUGCGGCGUUUUGCUCCUGAAGCCUCUGAAAAAGGCCUUGAAAGACUGCAAUAAAAUAUGGGGUGUGAUUUGCAAGACUGCCGUCAACCAAGACGGAACUUCGGUGACUCCUCUCACCAAACCUUCAGUGACGCAACAAGAGGAGCUGCUCAGGACAAUCUACUCCAACGCUGAUAUCAUGAAUGUCCAGUACAUCGAAGCUCAUGGGACUGGGACUCCGGUUGGAGACGCAACAGAAGCAGCUAGCAUCUCAAACGUCAUUGCCAAAGCCAGACCUCCAGACUCAGAGACACUCUGGGUUGGCUCGGUGAAGGGCAACAUUGGACACACCGAAUCUGCAGCCGGAGUGGCCGGACUGAUCAAGGUACUUCUAAUGAUGAAGUACCAAGCUAUUGUUCCCUCAGUUUUCUACUCCAGAGACAACUCAAGUGUAGAUACACAAACCCUGAAUUUAAAAAUACCAGACAAAUUAGAAAGAUGGGAGACAAAUCAACCACUAGGAAGGGUAGCUGGGGUCAACAGUUUUGGGUUUGGGGGAACAAACGCGCAUGUAAUUUUAAGAGAACACAUUCAUCAAGUAGUUCCCAAAAAAGCUUGGCAAAAACUCUUUGUGUUGUCAGCUGCUUCUGAGAAAUCACUCAUAAUGACCAUUGCAGACACCCACCAAAGACUGUGCAGCAGUCACACACUUGACUUUCAGGCACUUUCAUACACCUCUGCUUGUGGGAGAAGUCACUUCAGACACAAAUAUCGGAAAGUCUUUUUGACGUCUUCCAUCUCAGAUCUACAGCAACAGCUCAAAUCGGCACAAAAGACGGAGUUUCAGUCUGUUCAGUCAGUUCAGUCGGUUCAGUCUGACAUCCAGGUUGUCUUUGUGUUUUGUGGAAAUGGGGUUUGCUACAGGGGCAUGUGCAGGCAGCUCAUGAGGCAGGUUCUUGCUUUCAAAGAGACAAUUCAAAAAGUUGAAAUUGCCUUUCAGACGUACACUCCCAUCAACAUCAGUAAACUCCUUGAAAGUGACUGUGAUGACAUUGAUAUCAGCCGGCCAAAUGUCAUCCAGCCUCUUCUUUUUGCAGUACAAGUGGGGAUUGCCACCCUGCUGAAGCAGUGGGGUGUUAAGCCCUCGGCCAUGCUUGGCCACUCUGUUGGAGAGGUUGCUGCGGCUCACUGCUCGGGUCUUUUGUCUCUUUGCGAUGCGGUGAAAGUGUUGCACCACCGCAGCGCUCUUCAGAGCAGAGUCACAGGAGGAAAGAUGCUUGUCGUCGGCAAUGUGGCUGUGGAAAAGAUUUUAGAAGUUCUCACAGUCUUUGGUGGCAAGAUCUGUGCUGCUGCUUUCAACAGCCCUCAGUCCUGCACUUUGUCAGGUGAUGCAGGUUCAGUGGAUGCCCUCCAUGAGAUGCUGAGGAUUAAAUUUGCAGAUGAAAAUAUCUUCCUCCAUAUCUUAGAUGUCCCUGCUGCUUACCAUAGCCACAUGAUGGAUCCAAUUCUAGAUGACAUUGAGAGCAGCAUAGGCCUUUUGAAUGCUAAAAGCAUAGUGUGUCACCUGUUUUCCACAGUUACUGGAGAGAGGCUUUCAGAUGGGGAUUUCAGUUCCGGCGCAUACUGGGCUAAGAACAUCCGGGAGCCUGUUUUAUUCAAGAAGGCUCUUUGUGCUGUUCUCAAAGAGAAACCGGCAAAAGGAAAUGUGGUCUUUGUAGAGGUUGGACCUCGAAUGGCUCUCCAAAGGUACAUCUGUGAAACUCUUGGUGAUGAAGCCAACGUUUUCCCAUCAGUCCACCCAGACAAAGACUGUGACACCAUUUCCUCGACCCUGGCCAGCCUGUUUGAACUUGGCAUUAAUGUAGACUGGAAGGAGCUUUUCAGGGGUUGUGAGACAUUACCCAGUACUCUUCCAGUCUACCAGUUUGACAACACAAAGAAUGAUGUGAAUUUUGAAGCCUUAAGGGGAGAUAAUGAACCAUCUCAUGACUUUUGCGAUGGACUUGAGUCCCAAAUAAAAAGGGAUAAGAAAGAAUGCACGAUUGAACUGUCUUUAAAGACUGCACCCUAUCUCUGGGAGCAUAAAAACAACGGCAUUGCCAUUGUGCCAGGGGCAUUUUAUGUUGACUUAGCUUAUGCCUUGGUGAUGGCCAACCUGAAGCCAAAGAAGCCUGCCGCUCUCGUCUCUCUAGGUAUAAAAUUUGAGAGUGUGCUUACUCUCAACUCAAAUUCUAAGAAACUGAAGAUGAUACUGGAACAAUCAGAAGGGGAAGCCUUGUUUAAAAUACAGUCACCUGUUGCAGUUCAUGCCUCAGGAACAUGCAGGUAUAGAGAUCAGCAACCACUGCUAGAGGAAGCAAGCAUUUGUCUUGAUGUGAUCUACCAAAGGUGCAAAAUUAUUUUGACACAGCAACAAAUGUAUUCACUUCUCUCUCAGGCUGGAUUUGAGUAUGGCCCGCUUUUUAGGCAUCUAAACAAGGUGUGUCUUGGCAACAAAUUUAAGGAAGCUGUGACCGCUUUUCAGGUUCCAGAGGACAUUCUGAAAAGUCUCCAUAAACAUUUCAUUCACCCUGUGCUACUGGAUUAUUUCAUUCAAAUGACUGCAGUUGUAGCAAUGGGACAAGGAUCCAAGCAGGGAUUCCCAUCACAGAUCGCAAGCAUUGCUAUUUCAGAAGCCCUGCAGGAGACAAUGGUCAUGUAUCUUCGGACAACUCAAGAGACUCAAGAUUUCCUAGAGGUGUGUGGUUGCUUUUCUACCAAAGAUGGGAAGGUGUUAGUGGAAUUUAAGGGUGUAAGGAUUUCCUUUUUGCUCCAAAGUUCAGAUGUUACCAAGUCAUUGUUUUUUCAUAGUGAAACAAUUGAAUUAACAGAAGAGAGAGAUGUGGAUGGCUCUAAAAUAAAAGCCAUCAUCUUUGAAGAUCACAUGGGCAUUGCUAAAGGUUUAAGACCUUACAUAUGCACUGAUUCGGUCAUUGUAGGGAUCAGAAAAAAGUUAAGUGCAGAUGAAGUAAAAUGCCUAGUGAUUCAUUCGUUGAACAGCAAUGACGAUCUGAAGAAAGUUCUCUUCAUUUGGGGUGUGGAGAACCUGACUCACUUGUCCUCUGAAAUGAUUCUGGAGAGCUUUGUGACUUGUUGUGAGACAUUUCGUCACAUUGUUUUGGCUGUCAAAGAGACCAAACGUUUGUGUGCCAUCAAGGUCAUAACUUACAGAUCAACAGAACUGACGGUGGACCAUGUGAGUCCUGGUUUUGUGCUUUCUGGUAUGAUGAGGUCCUGCUCGGCUGAGAUUGCAGAUAUUCAUUUCCAGCAUAUUGAUUUGGCUUCUGUGACAAGUGAAGACAUCCAAACAUUGGCUUGUGUAAUUAAAACCAAACAACAACAAGAUGUAAGGAUCAGCAAAGGGCAGGCAUCAACAACAAAGAUAGCACAAACUCCAGUUAAAGACAGUGAUUUAUGUGCAGAGGCAAUAACAGCCAGCCAGUCAAGAGACUUUGUCCUACAAACUACCAAUCCUUAUGGAAUAGACAAUUUGUGUCAAGUCUCUAAAAAUAACUCAAAGAGUCCAGUUCCAGAAAGCUUUGUUGAAAUUCAGCUGACUAAUGUCUGCAUACAUUCGUCCGACUACUUCCCGAUCAGCACUUCCCAUUUCAAUUUUGGCAGGACCUUCUACUGGAACAAGCAUGUGACAGAGAAUCAUGACCUUCUGGCUUUAGAUUUUAGUGGCAUUGUCUCAGGUGUUGGCAAAGACGUCAAAACUCUAAAACUGGGAGACCAAAUUGCUUCGUGUUAUCCAGUUCCUGCAGCUUUGAAAAUCUCGAUUCCUGAAGUAGUGUGCUAUCGCACAAAAACAUUUCCCUUUUUUCGAGAGACACCAUGUGUGUCCUUUCUCAUCCUGGCAUGGGAGAUCUUGCAGAGGGUGCUGUGUGAAGUUAGAAGAAGGCACAAAAAGUUGGUAAUCAUCUCUCCAGACUCAGCUGCUGUUCUCAUACAAGUUCUUGCCCUCACAGCAAACAGGUCAGGCUGGAACGUUUCCUGUCAAGCUAGUGUUACCAGGGAAUCAACAAAUUUUGAUGCUUUGCUUUUUCUACCACCAUUUAAUCAAUCAUUUGAGGGAUUGUUUGGCAAUAGUGACACUGUGAAGCAUGUCAUCUUUGUCUUCAGCAGUCACAUGUCACUCUCAGUCGUCACAAGCAACACUACAUUGAAUGAUAAAAACAUUCAUGUGCACCACCUUGAUGUGGCUUAUGUUCUCCAGAAAGCAAAUCUAGAGGCACAAAAAAGAAAUAUUUCUAACUGGCUUCUGUCUCUAAGCCUCGAUCCAGAUUCUCUGCCGCAUAGGCAGGAGAUCCUUCAUGUGAAAGAGCCUAAAAUUGAGUCCUCUUUCACAACAGCAACGGUGCAGCAGGUUGUUCUUGAUAAAGGAUUGGAUUGGCUUAAAUGUACUCACAGCUCUUUGCCUACAAAAGCUGCACCACUCUUUGAACAGAGAUGUGUUUAUAUAGUAACUGGAGGCCUGUCUGGUUUGGGGUUGGAGACGGUUAAGUUCAUUGCGCACAAUGGUGGAGGUUGCAUUGCAGUCCUGUCUAGAAGUGUCCCAUCUGAUGAAAUCCGCUUUCAGUUGGAUCUCCUCCAGAAAAGAAAUGGGGUUUCUGUUCUAAACAUCCAGUGUGAUGUUUCAGAGUCAAAACAGGUGGUGGAUGCUGUGACCCAAAUUGGGGGAAGGUUUCCAUCUUGUCCAAUAAAAGGAGUGUUUCAUAGUGCUGCGGUGCUGCAUGAUUCCCUCAUUGAAUCCCUUGAUGAGUCGCUGUUCAGAAAGGUGCUAAAACCCAAAGUCAGUGGGACUCUGAAUCUCCACUUUGCAACUCUUCACAACAAAUUAGACUACUUUGUAUGCUACUCCUCAAUCUCAUCAUUCAUUGGAAAUGCCUCACAGUGUAACUAUGCAGCAGCCAAUGCUUUUCUUGACACAUUUUGUCAUUACCGGAGAAACCUUGGGCUUGCUGGACAGUCCAUCAACUGGGGUCCCCUGAAUCUUGGUCUAUUGCUCAACAAAGGCCAUUUUCAAAAGUUCUUGGAGACCAAGGGGAUGAUGACAAUGGGUGUACAUGAGGUUCACAAGACACUUCAAAGGUGUCUGGUUAUGAACAGACCGCAGCAAGUAAUUUGCAAAUUCAACUUCAAGAACCUCAGCUUUCAUGUCCUUUCCCAAAAUCCAUCUCUCAGGGAGCGAAUGGCGACUUUAGUGGAAACAGCUAUUAAAGAUGAAAUGCACAAAACCCCCAAAGUUCAGCAUUCCUUAACAGCUUAUGAGACAGUGCGGAUAAUAGUCAGUGAAAUGCUCAAUAUAGAUGCUGGAAAAGUUGAUGAUGACUCCUGUUUGUCAGCACUGGGCAUUGACUCAAUGCUGGCCAUGACUCUGCAGAACAAAAUCUACCAGGAGACAGAAAUAAAUGUGCCUUUGGUGACAAUUCUGGAUCCUAACACCACACUUUCCACUCUGGUCAGUUUUGUGCAGAACAGCCUGUAGUUAAAUACAAAAGACAGAGAAGAAACUCAAUUAUUCUGCACCUAUCACUGUAGAAUCUUGCUAAAUAACAAACAGUUUCGCCACAAUCCUUGUUCACGUGUCCAGCAAUGAUGGCAGAGACAUUUCUAAGAACAGACCAGUAACAAAUAAUUGGAGACCAACAGCUAAUAAGAUCUCUACUGGUUAUAAUGGUUGUAAUCACUAUGUGGUGUUUGGAGGUUACAGAUGGUUUACAUUAAUACAAAACAAUCUUACAUACAAUAACUAAUUGAUUAAUACUAUUAUUUGUUUAUCUCUGUUCAAAACAUGGACUUUGUACAACAGUAGCAGAUCAACUCAUAUCAGUUUUUGUGAGUACUUGAUUUAGAUUAUAUAGAA